CACACAAAAUAAAGCGAAAUGAAAACUGCAUUUUAUUUUAUAUUAAAUCUUGUGAUAAAUGCAGAUGCGAUAUAGAAAUGUUUCACGGAGAUAUUUCUCAGUAGUUUAUCAGUUAUCAGCUUAUUAAACGUUGGGAAAGUAUUCAAGAAGUCGUGAUGAAUGUGUGCCGACAUCAGACAAAAACUAAAUAGAAUAUGGACUUGUAUUUACAUCGAAAAUUGCCGGUGACCUUUAAAUGCGGAUCAAAACAUUCUCUUUCAUUCAGCCGGGGUACUCCGUAUUAACAGAUACGUGCGUUCAGCUAAAAGAUUUUAUGAACAGAAUCUAAUCUGAGCGAUAAAGUAAUAUUGUCAGAGCAGUAUAUUGGAUUAACGUCCGAAGAUAACAUUCACCGAUUUUUAAAUUCGGAUAAAAGAUUUAUAGCGCUUUCACCGAUGUCUUAAAUCUAUCAUAUUCAACAAAUUCGUGAUGUUUGCAUCAAUUUCUCUCUUAGAGAAAACUGUGUUAUCUGCGACUGGUAUCUUUAAAAACGGCGCGCGAUUUUCAGUUUUUGUGAUGGAAUUGCCAGAUUUCUAGGUUGAAGUGUGUGCGAGUUUCUUCAGUAUCUAUUGAAGAAAACGACUGGAUGUGAUAAGUGUCGUUAUUAAUAAAUCGACUGUAAUAUAUAUUAGAAUUAUUAAUUUUUAUACGUUUAGAUUUUAUGUGCACGUAUAUUUUUAACUGAGAUUGGAUUUAACUUACAAUAUAUGGUACUGUCUUAUGUUGUUUUUUUUUUUACAAUCUGAUCUCAAACUCGGUUUGACUAAUUUAUCAAUAAGUUAUUUAAAAUUGGUUAAUUUCUGUUCAUGGCUUAUUUAAAAAGAAGGACGUGUAUUUAGCUUAAUAUAUUUACCUAAUUAAUAAGUAAACAAACGCAUGUACAUCAAGCGUCUAGGUACUGUAUGAUAUAUUUACAUUACUGUGCUCUUCAAUGUCAAAAUGGAUUAUCACACGGAUAUAAAUGUUGCACGUGCUAAUCAUAAUGAAUAUGGUGAGGAAUUUUCAUCGGAAAAACUGUCAAACGAUAAUGGCGAAGACAACACGGAAGUGACUGAUAUAGACAACACUGACCCCGAGCCCGUGACAGAACCUCUUUUACCAAAGGACGGUUUUGGCGAGAAAAAUGGACCAGGCGUACCGCAAGACAACGGAAAUGUGGAAAGAGAUGGAAAUGUGUUUCAGAUUCAUGAAUCUUCAACAAAAGAAGGUGAGGAGAGUACAAAAGGUCGUGAGACCUGGGACAAAAAAGUGGACUUCCUGUUAUCCGUUAUAGGGUUUGCUGUGGACCUUGGAAACGUGUGGCGGUUCCCGUAUAUCUGCUAUAAAAACGGAGGAGGCGCGUUUUUGAUCCCAUAUUUCCUGAUGUUGGUGUUCCUGGGGCUGCCCCUAUUUUACAUGGAACUGGCACUUGGGCAGUUUCACAGAAGUGGCGCAAUCAAGAUAUGGAAACAUUUGUGCCCCGCUUUUACAGGUGUCGGAUUCGCAAUCUGUUUAGUGGCAACAUACGUUGGUAUGUACUACAACACAAUCAUCGCAUGGGCACUCUACUAUCUCAUCGCAUCAUUCAGGUCAGAAGUUCCCUGGGCAAGUUGUGAUAACGAAUGGAACACACCUCAUUGCUUCUCCAUAAUCCACGAAAACAAUGGCAGUACUGUCGGCAACCAGACAAAUCCAUCAGCUCUUGAAUAUUUCUAUUUCAGUGUUUUAGAAGCCGACAAGUCAACUGGAAUUGGUGACAUUGGUGGCAUUAAAUGGACAUUAUGUUUAUGUCUUGUGGCUGUCAUGGCAACCAUUUAUUUUGCCUUGUGGAAAGGUAUCAAAUCAUCUGGAAAGGCUGUGUGGAUUACAGCUACUGUGCCAUAUAUUGUUUUACUUGUGUUACUGGUGAGAGGGGCAACUUUGCCUGGAGCUGAUGUUGGUAUCAAAUAUUACCUCACACCCGUUUGGAGCAAACUUCUAGAAAGUGGCGUCUGGCUGGAUGCAGCGGCACAGAUAUUUUUCAGUCUCGGACCAGGAUUUGGAACACUUCUAGCAUUAUCGAGUUAUAAUAAGUUCAACAAUAAUUGUUAUUUGGACGCCAUGGUGACUGCAGUUAUCAACUGUCUGACAAGUUUACUUGCUGGGUUCGUCGUUUUUUCUGUGCUUGGUUAUAUGAGCCAUCGUUUAGUUAUACCAAUAGAAGAUCUGGCUGUGGAAGGUCCGGGUCUGGUGUUCUAUGUCUAUCCAGAGGCGAUUGCGACGCUUGACGGUUCGGUGGUAUGGGCGAUCAUCUUCUUUGUGCUGCUUAUAACACUGGGGCUGGACAGCAGUUUUGGUGGUUUAGAGUCUGUAAUUACUGCCGUAUGUGAUAUGAACCCAAGACUUGCUGCAAAACGAGAGGUUGUAGUGUUCUUUGUUGUUCUUUACUGCUUUCUUGGUGGACUCCCAACAACAACCUACGGUGGACAGUAUGUAAUUACGUUACUUGACACUCAUGCAGCACCCACUGCACUGAUAUUCAUCUGUUUUAUAGAGGCAAUAGCUGUCAACUGGUUUUAUGGAGUUCAGAGGUUUUCAAACGAUAUUGAGAAGAUGCUGGGAUUUCAGCCAGGGCUAUAUUGGAAGAUAUGUUGGGCUGGCAUUUGCCCAUUGUUUCUUUUCAUACUGUUCAUACUAUCAAUAGCGGCAUACGGAGGCUUGACUCUGGAUCUUUACGUAUAUCCAAAAUGGUCAGAGGUAGUUGGCUGGUUAGUUACUGCCAGCUCCUUGCUAUGUAUCCCCGGCUAUAUCUUAUUUAGUUUCAUCGUCACACCUGGAGACUUGAGACAGAAAUUGCUACAAAUGUUUCGGCCAGCAGCGAGUUUGCAAAUGCCUGAUUACUACAGGACGGUAAAUGGAAAUGGUGUAAUACACAUGAACUCACCAGAGUUAGUUCCCUUUAAUCCCACAGACAAAGAGGUUCACAUAACUAUGACAAAUUAUGUUUCUCAUAGUGAAGAGAAACCUGUAACCAAGGAUACAGAAAACACAAACAUAAAUGAGACGCGAAUACCUGAUGAAACUUCGGAUUACCCAAAUGGCGGCUUCAAUACUUACGGAACAAAACAUAUUUUUGAAAAUGGCAAUAUAAAAAAUAUUGAAGAAAAAGAUAUCACAAACGUUGAUGAUAAAAAUUCGAAGUUUUCAAAGGAGACUAGCAAUGUUGAAGUGUUGAAUGGUGUCAAAACGAAUAAUUGAUUUCAACAUUUUUCAACAUUUUGUACAAUAAGAGUUCAGAAUAUAUCCGGGUUAAGAUUUCGCCAAAAAAAAAAAACGUUUCAUAUGAAAAUGUUAGUAAACAAAAAUCAGGUAAAAUACUUUGUGCAAUAUGUUUAGAAAAGAAGCUACCACAAAAUGUUACCAGUGUUUUCCUAUAAGUGACUCUACACGACAGUACAUUGUCAUUCUUAUAGACAGACAAGGUCAUACCCACAACAUUACUCAGAAAGUUUUUGUCGAAUUUAAUUCAGUUCCGGAAAGAACAUAUUGCAGGUAUUACAGUCACCUUUCCAUGUGAUAGAUCGAAGAUAUAGGUGUACUAUUCUAGUUAUUAAGUGGAAACUGAAAGAAGUGACUGUAUCAAAGUUAAUGGUGCUAAAACGCCUUGACAAUAUGUACAGUCUCGAAAAUAGGUAACAAAUGGUCAAACAAAAAGAUAUUAUGUUAAAAGUGAAAUUAUAUUAUUUAGUAAAGUGUACAUAAAAGCGAAAUAUGUAAUUUUAAAUCAUUUUCAAGAUAAAACCCGAGCCUGGCAUAUGUAGCCAAUUCGAGAAAGUCAUGAAAGUAAUGAACACCCUAGAAAGAAACUUUCUAUUUUUUAAACAAAUAUUGUUCUCAAAACGUCAUUGCAUCUGAAGGAAGUUCAACCACUGAAAAAUUGAUAAACUGAUUUGAAAAUAAUGGUACACUGGUAAAUUUUCACACUGGUCUUCUUUUAGAAAAUCGCAGUUUUGAAAACAUGUGUAAAGAAUAAGCUCCACAAGAUUUUAAUGAAACUUUCAUGAUUGUAGAUUUUCCUAUUUUCAGUCAGAUGGCCAAAUAAAUUUAAAGGCUUAUGUCCUUACUUUUUCGCAUUUUUUCAACAUUAAACAGAGCCUUAGAUUGCUGUCAAUUUUAAGUUAUUUUGGAUUAGUUCUCUCAUUUAUCAAUAUAAAAUAAUAUGAAAUUAGGUGCUACCUAAAAGACAGAGCUCCCUUGAAAAAUCACCAGUGCCCCUUAAAAAUUAAAGGAGUGGUGCUGGAAUUAUCUGGAAUUAUGGAUUCGUUUAGGAAGUUUAGGUUCUAUUAGAUCUAUUAAAAUUAUAAGUAUUAAUGAUAAUUCAUGAUUUCUGAAUGCAUGUUUUAGACUGCAUCAAGAUUAAUUCUUGACAUGUGAAAACUCGAAAGAUAUUCUAUAUAUAAUCAAAAGAAAGUUCGAUAUAGACUAACAUCUGCACCAAGAUAAAGAGAAAAAAACGUAUUUGAAUAAUUUCUGUACUGCAUCAACAAUUUUACAUAAAUUAUUAUCAUAUUGGAAACCAGUCACAAAUGAUAACUCCUUCAAAUUGAAAAGCUUGAACCUUGAAAAUUUCAAACCUAACAAUCUCAUUAGGCCAAUAGCCAAAGGAAUUCUGUCUCUUUGCGUGUGAAUGUUUGGCAAUGAGGACUUAAUGUAAAAAGUUAAUGUUCCAAUUCCAAAGUUAAUAGAAAUUAGAAUUUACGUUAUCCUGGAAAUGACUAUUGUAAUUCUUUUAAAUGUCAUUAUUGUCAAAUUUUGGUUCUUUUUGGAAGGAAAAAUGUGUCCAACUUUCAGUCAAAAAUACUGCUAUAAUAGACGCCUGGUAUGGGAAAAUUACUGUCAAUUACAUGACUGUACAAAGCUUGUUUUAAACCAAAAAGACUAGCAAUUUUUAAAAGUUAAUGAUCAGAAUUUUACCUAGAGAAAAACAGUGUUUGACGAAAUUCUCGAAAACCCCUGAUUAUUUACUGAACUUCUAAGUUAACAAUCUAUGGCUUUUUUAUGGUUAAUCUUUUAGCACUAUAGAAUAAGGAUGGUAGUAAGAAUCUUUUUGAUGUUUAUUGAUAAUUCAUCGCCAAGAGUUUUAGUUUUUUUGAUAAACUCUGGUCAGUGAUAUUAAAGCUAACGUUUGAAAAAUGUGAACGGGGAGAAGAGCAUUAUUUGCUUUUCACAGUUCAAUGUCUGUAUAAUUUGAUCCUAAAGCUUUUUUUUAAAGUUAUGUCUACUGACUACUGCACAGGCACUACACUGGAACCUGACAUCAAAACACUUGUUAAAUUUCACAUGAAUGACUAGUUAUACAAUAUUUUCAAAACUCAUAAUACAAAAAAAAAACAAACAAAAAAACUGAAAUAAAAAAGGAAUUAAAAAAAUCUGGUCCAGUUGAGAUUCAAACUCACGGCCUCCGGAUUUCAACGCAAACUCGCUAACCACUACACCACUGUGGAGUUAUGACGUCAUCUGGACAAACCUAAGUAUAUAUAAUAAAGUUCAGUAAUGGCAGCGUGACGAAAGUCGUUUCAAAAUGAAAAUAUUGUAUUUUAUUUCUUUUUUCUUCGUAGAAAAUGUAUUUAACACUAAUUUCUUAUUAUCAAACGCUCAUUUACAUUUUUAUUCAAUAUUCAAAGCAGUAAGCGAGACGCUUUUGUCAACCGUAAACAACAAGCGUCUACUGACGUCUUUACUGAUUAAUUACUAUGUGCAUAGUGUACUGGAAAAAAUCCGAACAACACCGAUUCCAAAAAGUACCACGAAUUUUCAACUCGAUAGUAUACACAGUUAGAUCUCUCUAUUCGUUUUCUUUUUCAUACGUCUAACCGUAAUGCGACGCUGUCGCCGGUAGCUCUGCUAUAAUAUAAGUGUUAAACAGGCAUUAUUCUAGGUUUUCCGGAUAAAUGCCGUUACGCCGUCACUUCCGGAUAGUCAAACAUUCAGAACUGUCUUAAUUCAACUUGUCAAUAAAAAUGAAGAAAUAACUUUCUGUAAUAAGCUGCAUUAUUUUGACUUCCAGUCGAUAUUCUACCAGAAUAUCUCUUUAAUCUGAAUAUAGUCGGAAUGACAUGUUUCAAGAUCAAAUAGUUUUUAAACAGUUGUAUGUGCGUAAACUGAAAUAUGUCUGUAAAAGGCAGCAUAUAUCCGCUCACUAUUUUCUUAUCUUAUCCUAGAACCUUUUGAAUAUUUUGGAGUAUUUAUAACCAAUCAUCAGUCAGAUUUAGUUGAUAUUAAUAAAACACUAAUUGAUAUUAAAGGAGACUAUUUAUGUCAUACAUGUACGAGUUUUCUCGAUAACUUACUUCUGUUUUACUCAUUACUCAAGUACACUGGCGUUUUUGCAUAGAGGCGUGUAGACAGAAAUCGAACAGAAGAUAUCAAACCUAAGAAUUUACUUUGUUUUAAAAGUCGUACCAUGUUAUCCGUUAUUCAGUUUAUUCAGUUCAAUACAAUGUUAAAUGCAUGAAACGGAAGUUUCGAGUACUGUUAAAUCGCUCAAUGGUACCAUUACCUUUUGAAUAAGAUACGAGAGCAGGUACUUACAUAUUCUUUUACAGUAUAUUUUCUAUGGAUUAUCUUGAGCUUUUCUGUGAAUGACAUAUGUUUUAGAAAGAAAAAUACACACUGAAAAGCGUUACAAGAAAAAAUAUUUGUUAUAUCUGAAUUUCAGUGUAAAUUGUACAUAUUGCUUACAACAUGAUCUGUUAAAAUGUAGAACAAUCAUUAAAUUGUUUCAGAUGA